GCAAAACCGCACAGAUCUGAGUGAUGCCUCUGUACCAGCACGUUGCUGAGCGAGGCCCGCCACCCGUGACAGAAGAGCAGCGGAGCCAUGGCGCUCCGGAGCCCUACCAUCUGAUGGGCAAAGGAGCGGUCCCGGAUCCCGACAACCCGACAGUACGCGGUGUCAAAGGCCACACACAGCCUACGACCAUCCAUCUGAUUUGUUGUUUGUUCAUUCAUUCCUUUGCUCAUUCAUCGGAUGCACAGGUCCUGGUCAUCGUCACAGGGGGUACGCUGUGCAUGGAUGUUCGGGCCGAUGCAGAGGGCGGCAGUCUGCGGCCCAUGGAGGGCGGCCUGAGGGCUUCCCUCAUGCAGAUGGACGAGUUGGAUGACAAGCGUGGCAAACGUCAGCAGCUGCCGCAUUUCGAGGUGCUUGAGUGGCCGCACCUUAUUGACUCGAGUGACGUUGGGCCAGAGGAGUGGAGGGGGUUGGCACGGGACAUCGAACGGCACUAUACCGACUACGAUGGGUAGGUAGGUAAGUCAUCCAUCGGUGGACAGCUGGCUGGAUGCAUGUCAUGGAUGGGGUGCGAUUUGCGUGUGUGUGUGCUGCUUGUCCUCGGCUUGCAGGUUUGUUGUGAUUCAUGGCACCGACACCAUGGCGUACACGGCUUCCGCCCUUUCCUUCAUGCUGGAGAAUCUUGGUAAGCCAGUCAUCCUCACGGGAGCCAUGCUCCCGCUGGCCAAGGUGCAGACGGAUGGGAAGAGGAAUCUGUUGGUGGCGCUGUUCAUCGCGGCCGUAAUCUACACAAGGCAGUUGACAAAUACACACACACACUCACACAUACAGUCCUUCGGCUCGGUUGUAUUGUAAUGUUCAGUACUCCCAGCUGACAGAGGUGUGCAUCCUGUUUGCCAGUGUGCUGAUGAGGGGCAACAGAGCCACCAAGAGCGACUGCUGGGGUGCGGAACAGGGCGGCGAGGGAUGGGAUGGGGCGGUGAUUGAUUGAUGAGACGAGUGGAUCUUUUUGUGUCCAUUUGUGUGUGUGGCUUUGUGCUGUGCAGCCUUCAAGGCGUUUGAGAGUCCCAAUUAUCCGCCUCUGGGACGGUAAGGGAUGCAUGACGUGCGAAAGGACCGACUGAUCUGAUUGUGUCCGCCGGGUACGUCACGGUCAGCGUUGGGGUAGAGAUCCGCAUUGACGAGAGCCUCCUGCUGGCGCCGUCCAAGCGUGCAUUCAGGGUGAGGCAUAUAUGCAUCUCGCCACCAGGCACAUGGGACUUGGUUGCGUUAGGUGUUUACGGGUCUGUGCACCAAUGUCAUCUGCUUUCGCUUGACCCCGGGUUUUGAUGACGCAGCGCUGGUGCGGCUGUUCGAGACCGACAUGCAUCCAUUCGGCGUCGUGUUACAGCUAUACGGUAGGUAGGGCACGGUAGGUAUGUUCCCCUCGCCCACCGUCGUACCCAUCGAUGAUUGAUGCAGUGUGUAUUGUAUGCUCUUUGCUGCUCAUGUAUCUAUCAGGCACCGGCAAUGCGCCUGUUCGUGGCGGCAAGUUCCUGAGUGUGCUGCAGCAGGGCAUCGACAGAGGGUGUGCUGUGGUGGCCGUCAGCCAGUGCUACAAGGGCGCACUCAACCUCCAGGCAUACGCCAACGGAGCCAAGCUGCUGCAAGCCGGGGUAGGCAACACACACCCAACGUUGGGUGCCUUCCUCCGGUCGGCGAGCACUCGUCUCGUUGUUUUUGUUGCUCUCUCUGUGCAGGUGAUAAAUGGCGGUGACAUGACGCCUGAAGCAGCUGCCACCAAGUAAUCACACAUAUCGUCAUCACGGCAUCCGACGAUGUCACUCUGCACUGACUGCAGACUGGCGUACUUGCUCGGCAAAGGAUACCGCGGCCCGAGGCUCCGCAGACUCAUGGAGACCGACCUGAGAGGGGAGGUGACGGACAACCCCGAUUACUUGCCCAUCCCGGCAGACCGCAUGCCUCCCACCCUGCACGUGGUGCACACCGCCCCCACCCCCGCCACACACCCGCCGGCAGUGGACAGAGAUAGUGAGGGCAACGGGGACACCAGUGGCGACGGGGGCGUCAAGGCCAAAGGAGAGGCCGGCAGAGGGGGUCAAGAGGGAUGGUCGUUGGAGCACACAAGGGGGGAUGGGCUGAGGUGUCGGUUGUGAGUGACCAUUAAUUAGUGUGUGUUACAUGUAGUUAGAGGAGGGAGCUUGUCGG